CGGUAGUAAAUAUCAGUAUCCGCUUCCUAAGCGUGCACCCAACGCAUCCAGCGGACAGGACGCCGAUAUGACCAAAUCUCUAGGACUUGACCACUCAAUCAUUGACUCAUUCAACGCGACGAAGAAAACAUCGCCGUCCUAUCAAUUUGGAUCGGCAAUACGGCCACGACUUUCCGACGCGGAGCCGACUCCCGGCGCCGGGGCGUAUUCGAUUAAGACCACGAUCCUAGGCAAUGUUCCAGACUCGAGGAUAGUUUCAACGCCGCAAUUCUCUCUUCGCUCCCGCGAGAAGUUUGGAGAUCCAAUGCUUAGAGCGCUUGAUGCUGGAACUGCAAGCGAGCCUGGCCCUGGCUGGUAUACUCCCAAGCAGAUCAAUCCAAAUGAUGACAAUCCACCAAAGUACUCUUUUCCGAAAGGCCAUUUUAUCAAAGACAAAGCUCGGUUUUCUCCCGGUCCUGGGGCAUACGCCAUCCCGUCGUCGGUUGGCAGACAAGUUCUCUCGACAAAAUCCAAUAACAAUGGUAUGGGGUUCGGACAAGGCGAAAGACCACCGCUCCUUCGUGUCCAGAAUGACGUUGGCCCGGGUGAAUAUGGCGUUGGCAUCUCGGCAUGCAGAAAGCAGGUUGACUCGCGCAAAAAAACAUCUGGAUUUGUUAAGUUCUCUCGCAGUGCACGUGACAAGACAUCAUCAAUGACUAUGCAGGAUGAGCUGCAGGCUCGCCCAGGCCCAGGCACAUAUCAGUUACCAUCUGGACUUUGCGGUAGUGGCUCAUCAUAUCCUUUCAGAGCUGCCCCUAGGGCUUCACUCUCAGGCCGCGAAAAAUUUGGCAGUCCUUUCUCAUGAUGCAGAAAGGCACAUUUAGCCCACGAUGCGAAGGUCCAGGCGAUUGAUUCACAGCAGCGAGCGAGCUUAGUACUGGCCUGCACUACAUCUACUUGAGCCUAGGCGUCCAAAAAGCGCCACAUCCCUGGGGCAGUAGUAAGGACAAAACGCAAGAUUAGUUCCCCGCCUAUCGGCGAGGCUCGACGGCGAGGCACAAAUUUCAUACAUUUUGUUGGGUCAGAGCGCCGGCCCGGGCGAAGUCGCAACGGCAACUUAACUUGAACGCGAGCCCCACCGAACCGCGACUUGAACGUCGAUUACUAAGUUUGAAUGAGAGAAUUCGAUCCAUUCUGCGAUUUCAGGGCGAAUGUGCGGGAAAUCUUACCCUACCCGGUGACCCCGGGCCGGACUCCGAGCCUGAGUCCGCCGGCGAGUCGGACUCGCCGGAGGCUCAGGCUGCGGCCGGGCCAGUCACGGUGCCUCGGGUACGGGGGCACUCUCUCUCUCUUGGCCGCCUAGGACCCUCGCUACAUUAUACCGCGCUACGGCAUUCUCUUGCUAGCCUCGAUACGCGCUUGUAGCGUCCAUAAUUAAAUAGAUACAUGGCG